AUGUCAUCCACCCAAUCGAUAACUGCCCUCGCUCAGUAUGAAAACGGUUCGACCCCGUACCAGAUGAUUACGAAGCUGGGACACGGAGGCUUUGGAGAGGUCCAUCUUAUGGAAAGCCGUCUUGUUCCCGGUUUCAGAGUGGCCGCGAAACUACAACUGGUGUCCGAAUCAAACAGAUCCAUCGUCCAGAAGGAGUACAAUAUCCAUAAGGAGCUCUCAAGACAUGGUCACAUAAAUGUGAUUCAUAUUUUCGAAAUGCAAGAGACUCCUAUGUUUUAUUAUCUGUUUAUGGAGUUCGCGGACUGCGGGACUCUAUCCGAACGCCUUCCUCCGUGUAUUCCCAUGAGUCCAGAAAUGGCUCAAAUGUAUUUCAAACAGUUGAUAGCGGGCUUGAAAUUUAUUCAUGGCCUGGGAGUGGUCCAUAGGGACAUUAAGCCGAGAAACUUAUUGAUUGGAUCGGGAGAUAUCCUCAAAAUCUGCGACUUCGGGCAAGCCACGACGUUUAUGCAAUCGGGGCUGGAAAUCCUGCUUGUUUAUGAAGGAGGGACUUCUCAAUUCGAGGCGCCAGAAGUCUGCGAACCAUGGCACAGAGGGCCUCCAUUAGAUGUCUGGUCCGCUGGUGUCACCCUGAUGGUACUCCUGACUAAAGGAGUGUUAUGGGAUUCUCCGCAUAUGGAGUGUGCUGAGUAUCGCAGCUGGAUAGAGGGAACGGAUUUGAAAAAGUCACCAUGGAAUAAGAUGAACAAGAUGCUGUUGGAUCUACUGCGGAAGAUUCUGACGGCUGAUGUGGAUAAGAGACUGUCACUCGAAGAGAUCGAGAGGAGUCCGUGGAUGCGAUUAAGCUAUGGAUCGACUCAGAUGGAGCAUGAUGUGAUCACAAUUGAUUGA